AUCGCGAGUGAGAACUAAAAUCAUCUGAACUGCUGAAUAAAUUCGGACGAAAAGUUCUUCAAUUUAAUUUCCGAAUAAACGAUUGACUCUGUUGAAUCAAGAGAGCAUUAUAUGUGCUAAAUAAAAUUUGAAAAAGAACAAAAGAAAGCUUUUUGACAACGGACCAUUUGGGACACAAUUUGCAUCAUUGCAAGUCGUUUUUUCAAUAAGGUUUAUUGUGCAAACAAGCAGAGAUUCUUCGUUACGCUGCAAUUCAAUGAUUGAUAAUUGUUAUCAGUGAAAAAUUUUCGCUGGAAUUGUUUUUCAAAUCAAAAAGUAUUGGUAAUACGACUAAUCAUGCCAACGCCAUCAGAUAACAAUGGGAAAACAAAAGAGGAUUCAAAUGUUGCUCCCAAAAAUAAUGAAUCAAAUAAAAAUUCACUGCCAGUCAACACCGAUGGAGCAAAAUCUUCCGAAAAUGCAUUGAAAAAGAAGCAAAAUGGAGCGCGCGAUGAAUCCCCACGGCGGAAUGCUAAAAAUAAUCUUACCAAUCGUAAUGGCAAUCAUCAGAAUGUUAAUAACCGUCAAAACAGAACUAAUUCAGUUAAUAAAAGAUCGACAAAUGAUGCCAACAAUAAUUCUAACAGCAGCAGCAAUAAACAACCAACCUACAAAGUAUCUCAUGCGACGCAACAGAAUAUGUUGAGUGAAUUUCAGCAGCAGCAAUAUCAGAAAGUAUCAAACGGUCACGUGGACUCGUCCAAAAAAAAUAAUCACCAAAAGUACAGAUCAAUAACGAAAGUUAAUCAAAAUGGAAAUUAUUAUGAGAAUUUGCAAGGAACAUCCACCACUACACAUUCGGAGUCACCUCAACACUACUUGAAUGAUCAUAUUAGUCGACCUGCUGGUGACUUGCAGCAUCAUUCAACUGACGUUAAUGUAACACCAAGAAAAUAUUCCUUAGAAUUUCUUCAUGAAGUUCGUUGCAAGAUGUCAAAUGGAACUUUGUUACAACAGCACAAAUCGCCUAAAAGUCAGAAGCAAAUCGAUGAUACGAAUUUAUUAGCAUUGAAAAUGGCUUUGGGUGAUAAUUCGGGGAACUACAAUCAUUUCUAUGCGAGCUCAAUAUAUGGAAAUCAAAUGCUUAUGCAAUAUCAACAAUAUCAGCAACAGAACUUCACUCGCUUACAACAGCAACAGCAACACCAACAAAUGCAACGAAUGUAUCAAAGAAAUCAGCAUGAUCAUGGAUAUCAACGAGGAUAUCAUCCAUCAAUGUACACUCCUGAACAAGAUAUUUGCCUUUGCACGAAACCUCAACAACAACAGCAACCACAGAUUCAGCAAGCUCUUCAUCGAACUUUCCCACCUACAUUCUCACAUUUACCAUCCUAUCAGAAUCGUAAUAAGCGUGAAUAUCGUGAUCAAAACAAGAAGAAUCGAAAUGCUUAUCAGAAUAAUGAGAGAAACUUUAAAUCGCAAAGAGAUUAUCGAAAUAAUAUUCAGAUUGGGAAAAGUCACAGCUUUUCAGAGGAUGACAACAAAUGUAAAGAAGUUCCUGUUAAUCGUACGAUUUCAGAUCAACAUCCAUAUCGAAGUUUAUCACCAACGCCUCCAAGCUCAUCGAAAUCAUCAAGUCCAGGAGCUCACGAGAAGGAAGAACGAAUGCCUGUUGAGGUGAAUUACGAGCUUGUUGAUGACACAUCAUCGACUGGGUCAGCAGCAUCUUCAGGACCAAUUUUAUAUGCAAAUGAACUAAACGUUAGUGACAUGAAAGUGUCGAUGUCUGCACCAGUUUUAUCAACACCUGUUGAAGAGCCUUCGAGUAAUGUUAACUUAUGGAUUGAUAGCAACUUUGGUAGCAUCCUUCAAAAUGGACUCAGCAUGAGUGCCGAGAACCUCAACAACAUACGCGAUCCACCUGUUAAGAUCUUCAAACGUCCACCAUCAAUCAACGGUGGAUCAUUUAAACAACUCUACACUCCAAUCUACAGAUCUUUAUCUUACGAUGUACAUUCUCCAUUCGAAUAUUAUUUGUCACGAACUGAAAAUUCAACAAUGAAUGCUCCACCGUUGAACUUAAGAUGCGGCUCACAAUGGGAUCAAUUAUCAGUGGAUAUGUGGGACAAGUUCAAAGCUAAUCAGCAAUCACAGGUUACUUAUCGCAAUAAAAUGAUUUUGUGGCGUGAUUUAUUUCAUUAUGUUAAGAAUUUCCCCCCAUUUCAUCAACGAGCUGUACCUAAAUGGGGAUUGUUUCUUGUUGGUUCAACGAUUUCUGGGUUUGGUGCUGAUACAUCCGAUAUUGACAUGUGUCUUGUUUCGAAGGGAAAUAGUCAUAUGGAGCCUCGAUUGGAAGCGAUGAUAACAUUAAAUGAAUUGCAAAGCUUCUUAACGAAUUCAAUGAGUCCAUUCCGAAACUUUUUCUUGAUCAAUGCAAAAGUUCCAAUUCUACGUUUUCGUGAUGCAUCCGAUCAGAUUGAAAUCGAUUUGAAUUAUAAUAAUUGUGUUGGUGUUCGAAAUACUCAUUUGUUGAACAGUUAUUCGCAACUUGAUUGGCGUUUACGACCUUUGGCAUUAGUUGUUAAAAUUUGGGCACAAUAUCACAAUAUAAAUGAUGCUCGUAACAGUACAAUAUCAAGUUAUAGUCUUGUUUUGAUGGUGAUUCACUUCUUGCAAUACGCUGUAAAGCCAAUAAUUCUUCCGUGCCUCCAUCAACUCUGUCCGAGUAAGUUCCAGAAAGAUCAUGACAUAACAACAAUCGAUAUGGUUGAGAUUUGUGACGUUGGUUGGAAGUCUGAUAAUAAUCAACCAUUGGGCGAGCUGUUUCUGCGUUUCUUAGAUUAUUACAGCAAUUUUGAUUAUGGAAAGAAUGCAAUUUCAAUUCGAACUGGCGGUGUUCUACCAAUUGACGAAUGUCGUAAUGCAAGAAGUCACAAAAAUGAUCCAAAUCAUUGGCAAACAUUAUGCAUUGAAGAACCGUUCGAUCUCACAAAUACAGCACGUUCAGCUUAUGAUAGUGAAAUCUUCCAAAAGAUCAAAGAUGUCUUCUUCCAAUCAUUUUAUCGUUUGAAAGAGACGCGAAGCCUUUCAUCAGUGUUUGGUGAGAAAUUAUUUCAUCAUCAACAGCAACAACAAAUCAGUCAGAUGAAUAUGAUGAAGUAUAUGAUGGCAAAUGCACAUGGAACACAAAUUAUUACUCCGAUGAAUGACGGGAGAAAAAAGCGUCCAUUCAUCGAUAAAAAGAAAGCAAUCACUUUCCGCCUUGUAAAUCGUUCACAACAAGAUCCUUUAAUAGCUGAUGAGAAAGCUCCACAACAUGUUUUAGUUCCUGUUAUGAACAAAAAAGCUGGACCGUCGAUUACUAAGACUCCUGAUACCGGUUUGCCUCCAGAAAAACGUCGUAAAGAACAAAAUAAGUUUGGAAUAUUUUUUGAUGAUGAUUACGAUUACUUACAACAUUUGCGAGAGCCAGGAAGAGAUGAAGUGUUUUGGGAAGAAAUUCCACAUAAACAUGCCGAUGUUAAAAGCAAACCGAAUAUUCAACUACCAAGUUCAGUCUUCGCAUCUGAAUUUGAGGAAGAUGAAGGAAUUGUUAUUCGACGUAAUGAUCAAUUGACACUUCUUGAUGACCGUUUUGAAAAGUUCUACGAGAAUUACGAUGAACCUGAGGUCGGUCCUUUGGAUUGUGAUGAAAUUGAAGGACAUGUGGAGAUAAAUGAUGAAGCUUUGUUAAAGAUUGCAAAAGAUUUCGAUGAAACUCAAAAGCCACAAAAAUAUGAUAAAGCUUGGGACAUUUGUCGUCUUGUGAAGCUUCACCAUGAUGAAGAUGAAGAGGAAGAAAUUGUGGAACUUGAAGUAUCUGAAGAUGAAGAAGGUAAUCAAAAAGAGAAGAAAUGGGAUUGUGAGAGCAUUUUAUCAACUUAUUCAAACAUUUAUAAUCAUCCUAAACUAAUCGACGUCCCAACAAAGAAAAAACCAUCGAAAAUUCAGAUCAAUCGCAAAACUGGUCUUCCAGAAAAUGUCUUAGAUGGAGGUCAGAAGGGAAAACUCACAGUAAAGUCGCUUGCUAAAUUGGAAAAGGAAGUUGAAGAAUCAACAGGUCCAAAAUCUCUUUGUGCUGAAAGUGUAAUAUCAACACUGAGCGUUUUGUCAAUCAGGCCAAAAGAUGAAACACCAGAAGAAAGAAAAGAACGGAAGAAAUUGUUAAAAGAAUACAGAAAUGAAAGAAGAUUUGAGAAGAAAUCAAACAAAAUUGCUUUCAAUGAAGAAAGAUUGCGACAAAACACCAUUCAACUCGAUUUUUCCUUUACGAAGACUGUAAAAUGUAAGAAUGAACCAAACUGCAACGAUGCAUCAAGCAUAACUUUCUCAAACAAAAAAGAAAAGAAAUCGACUCGAGGAGAGAACAAAAAAAAAGGAAAAUUAAAAUAUAGAGAAGAAAAUUUCCCAGUUCAACCCCAACAAAAGCUUCUGGCAAACUACAUACUUAUGUCUGGUGGAGGAAAAGAUAGAAAAAGUUCGCGCUCGACUAAAGCUCAAGGUUGGGAAGAAGCCGGCGGAGAAUUCUACCAGGAAAGCUAUCCAGGUGACGUCGAAAAUGCCCAUCGUGACCCAUCAAAGUUGGCAACUUUACUACCAUCCAAGCAAACACGAGUUGCGACAAAUCGACGUGCACGGCAAGCCCAACAUGAGUUUAAGACAGCGCGACGUCGUAAUAGUACUUUGACAGCAACUCGUACAUUUAGAUGUGGUUCACAAUACCAGGAAAUACAGGUUGCCGCAUUGCCUGACUUAUCGGAAAAUCUCAUCAAUGAAAGUCAAACAUGGGAGGAAAUUCGUGAAAUUAAAGCGAUGCCCGUACCAAUGGCACAAAAGCGUGAGCUAAAAAAUCAACUUCAGAAUGCAACAAAACUUCGUCUCCAAGGCUUUGAACAAAUCAAAUGGAAACGUCGUAAAGCAUGGCAAAAGAUCAUGACAAAAUGGAGUGAAUAUCUGACAAAAAUGGAACUUUGGCGUACAUCUUUGAAGAAGAUUGAAGGAAAUUUUGGAACGGGUGUUGUCGCAUAUUUCGUUUUCCUUCGAUGGCUGAUGAUUCUCAAUCUUCUGAUCUUCUCGAUAAUCUUUGUAUUUAUUAUCCUCCCACAAUUGGUGUUAAUUGAACCAAAAGACAAACCAUGUGAUCUGAAAUUACCGCCAGUGUUGUCAACACGGUGGAUAGCGGAUGUUAAUCACACUGACAGUGGAUACAACGAAACGAUUUGGAUUCAUCCAAACACUUCAAUUCAAUGUUGUCGUGAAGCUUAUGUUCAUGAGAUUCGGUUUAAUCGAAGCGACUUUUCAAUACUUCAUCUUGUACAGGGCACUGGAUUCAUGGAGAAAACUUUUCUGUUUUAUGGAAUGUACACAAAUCAAAUCUUUGGUUACGAUCCACUUUCCAAUCAAGACAUCAACACAAAGACACGAACAAUCACCGAAACCACAUCUGAUCUAAAUUCCAAUAGCAAUAUUGAUAAUUUAAUGAUUGAUGAGGAUGGAGAAUUGCCUUCGUCAGGUGAUGGUAGCUAUUUAAUUGUCAAUAAUAAUAAUAACAACAACAUGACAUCGCCAAUGAUGAAUGCAUUGCUUGGUGUCAGUGACAAUGUAAGAAACAUCACAACAUGGCGUGAAUUCUUCAAUUCUUUUGAUAUUUAUUACGAUUUACCACUCGCUUAUAUCAUCGUAACAAUUGUUUGUUAUCUUUAUACACUUGUAGCGAUUGUUAAAGCGGUAGCGCAUGAGUUUAAAGAUCGUCUGGUUGAGGGGGAAGGACAAUUCUAUCAAUAUUGUAAUCUCAUAUUUGGUGGCUGGGAUUUCUGCAUUCAUAAUGAGAAAUCAGCACAAAUAAAGCACAAAGCGCUUUUCAAUGAGAUACAAAGUCUCAUGCAUCUCAAACGUUAUGAAUUCGAGAGAAAUAAUCGAACACGUGACAUCAUGUUUAAGCUUUAUCUCAUUCGAAUGAUGGUGAAUUUCUUUGUUUGUGUGAUUCUUGUGAUUUGUGGUGUUGUGAUUUAUAUUCUGUUCAAUUUAUCUUUGAUGUAUCUUGUGCCAAACUUUAAUACCAUCACAAGAUAUCGUAACUUUAAUGUUUUUAUGAGUAAGAUAAAGAAGUUUAGUUCGGGGGAAGAAGAAGUGCCGAAUGUUCCAGAUGGAAUUGAUGUGGAUAAACAGUUUGAAAUUCUUUUCUAUGAGUUCCUUCCUUAUGUUUGUAUUGUCAUCUUUAAUCUUCUUGUUCCAAUUCUCUUUAAUUAUUUAAUUCAAUUUGAGCAGUACUCGCCAUUAUUUGUCAUAAAAAUGAAUCUCUUUAGAACUGUAGGUUUGAGAUUAAGUUCACUUGCUGUUCUUAUUAGUCGCUUCUAUUAUCUCAUCUCAGCGAAGAAUGAAAAUUCACAUCUCGAAUGUUACAAUGUCAAAUAUGGAACGCCACAAUGUUGGGAAACAUUUGUCGGUCAACAAUUCUACAAAUUAUUCAUCGUCGAUUUUGUUACGCACAUUUUCGUAACAUUCUUUGUGAAUUUUCCACGUGCACUGAUUGCACGUCACAUGAACAAUGCUUUUUCACGUUUUAUCGAAAUGGAUUUCGAGCUUUCAAAGCAUGUGCUGGAUGUGGUUUAUUCACAAACAAUCUGCUGGUUAGGAACAUUUUAUGCGCCAUUUUUACCAGCAAUUGCUGCUGUUUUAAUUUUCUUUAUGUUUUAUAUUAAGAAGUUCGCAUGUUUGGUGAAUUCAAAGCCAUCAGCAAUUCUCUAUCGCGCUAGUCGAUCGAAUUCACUCUUCAUGAUUAUUCUCCUGUUGAGCUUUACAAUUGCAAUCAUUCCGGUUGUUUAUGCUAUUGCUGAGAUUGUACCAUCAAGAAGUUGCGGACCGUUUCGUGGUCUUCAUUCAACAUGGGAUCGAGCAAUUGAAGCUUUUAUGAAACUUCCGGAAUUUCUAAGAAAUAUUGUCUUUUUCUUUGGCACAUCAUCAUUCGCCAUUCCAUGCUUCAUAGUUUUGAUUCUUUUCCUCUAUUAUUACUACUCAGUAUCAGCAGCUAACAAGCAUAUGGUGCAAGUUCUUAAGAAUCAACUUGUGCUUGAAGGUCAUGACAAACAAUUUCUUUUGACACGUUUAAGUCUUUUCAUAAAGCAACAACAAGAAUAUCAAAAACGUGUUCAACGUCAGUUUUAUGAUCAAACAAGCACAACAACAAACUCACAAUUAUCACAGGGAAUAAAUUUGGAUACAAUUCCACCACCGCUUUUGCCACGUGCACCACGAAGUGAUGCUGGGAGUAGUGAAAGAUCUUCAGUUGAAAUCAAACCACACCAGAAUCAUCGAAUGAGUGAAAUUGGUGACAUUUAA